CAGCCCACUAUUUAUGAGUUGUCAGCAGAGAGAGUCAGAAGAGCAUCAGAGUGCAUAGUCCCUGUCCACAGCCUUAGUGCUGGUGCCAUUGCCAAACAGCUCGGCCCCUGAUCACUGGCUGACCCAAGAUAGGAACGAUCUGUAUUUUAUAGUUCCAUGCGCAGAACCACACCGGAUCCGUCUUUACAUGGACUCCAGAAGAAUUAGUCGAAGUUUAGCAAAUACCGUUAUACUGCUCCUGCUCGUUAUCUUUUCACGCAUAAAAGGUCUUGCCCAGACCUGCGUGUCAUCCCCUUGCCUGAAUGGUGGAAAAUGCCUGGAAACAACCAGUGGAUUUAUCUGCCUGUGUCCCAUGCAGCCAUUGGCAUUUACCGGGCCUACCUGUGGAGAGAUGUAUGAUGCAUGUGCCGUUUAUAGUUGUCCCAGCACUCACAGAUGUCAAAGUACCCCAGGUCUACCGCAUUUCCAAUGUGUCUGCCAGCCUGGGUUGAACUGCACCAAUGAGUGCCAGAGUAAUUCUUGCCCGUUCCAAAAUUCUCAGUGUACAGUUGGAGAGGACAGCAUUAUGUGCAAGUGCCAAAGUGGCUACGGUGGUGUGGACUGCCAGCAUGAGGUAUCAUCAUGUUUCCAGAACCCCUGCCAGAACAAUGCCACCUGUUUAGCAAAUGCCGAAACCUACAGUUGCGUAUGUGAGCCGGGAUUCACAGGGAAGGAUUGUGAGGUUAAUGUCAAUGAAUGUGCUUCAAACCCAUGCCAGAAUGAGGCCCUCUGUGUGGACAAAGUGAACAGAUAUAUGUGCUUCUGUGUGCCCGGCUUCCAAGGCCACCAUUGUGAAAUAGACAUCAAUGAAUGUGCGUCCAGACCAUGUCAGAACAACGGAACUUGCUUGAACCAGCUGGACCAGUAUGAAUGUGCUUGUGCCAAUGGCUACACAGGAGUUAACUGUGAGCUGGAGAUAGAUGAAUGCCAGUCAGGCCCAUGUCAGAAUGGAGCCACAUGUGGUGACCGUAUUGGCUACUUCAUAUGUGACUGCCCGGCGGGCUACGAUGGAGAACUCUGUGAGCAUGACGUAGAUGAGUGCCAGAGCCAGCCUUGUCACAAUGGAGGGCAAUGUGUGGAUGAAAUUAACAGGUUCCGCUGUGAUUGUAGUCAUACUGGCUUUGUUGGAGACCACUGUGAAACUGAAAUCUUGGAGUGUGACUCUAAUCCUUGUCAGAACAAUGCUACAUGUAUGGAGAGAGUCAAGGGCUACGAAUGCUUGUGCUGGGAAGGUUAUUCUGGAAUUCAUUGUGAAACUGAUGAGAAUGAAUGUUCUGAGAAGCCAUGUGACAAUGGCGGCCUGUGUCUUGAACUAUCCAAGCAGUCAUAUUAUGGCACAGAACCAGAAUUUGACAACAAGUUCAGCUACAGCCAAGCAGCAGGGUAUUUGUGCCGCUGCCAACCAGGAUUCACAGGUUCUAACUGCUCUGUCAACAUCGAUGAAUGUGAAUCUUGGCCUUGUCUGAAUGGUGGAACCUGCAUCGACUUAAUCAAUGGCUUCCUGUGUAGCUGUGCUUCUGGAUAUACCGGUGUUGGCUGUUCUAUAAACAUCAAUGAGUGUGAGGACAACCCAUGUAAGAAUGGGGCAAGCUGUGAAGAUGGAGUUGCUGACUAUUUCUGCAUUUGUCCACCAGCAGCUCAGGAUGGGACAAUAUGGGGUGGUAAAAACUGUUCUGUAAAAUUGGUUGGAUGCUUGGAGCACAGCUGCCAAAACAGGGCUGAGUGCAUCCCUUUAUAUAAUGAAGAAAGCCACAGUUAUACCUGCAAAUGCAAACCAGGGUUUGUUGGGGAAAAUUGUUCAACCCCAACAACAUUUUCCUUCUUGGGCCAGGGGUACAUUAUGUAUGAUUCACCUUUGAGUAAUGAAUCGUAUCUAAGCAAUGCGUCAGUGAGAUUUAGAACAACAUUACCCGACAUGGUUCUGAUGUACCGUGGAGAUGAAGAGACAUUUCUCAUACUUGAGCUUUAUAAUGGAUUUCUGUACACACAGAUGAAAGGAAACGGAAGGUUAUUUCAGUUAGUUAUUGGCGAUCACAAGGUGAACGAUGGCCACUGGCACAAUGUGGAGGUUGACGUUAUAUCAAAUUUAUUCUUGAAGAUCAGUCUUUCUCAUGAUGGUUGCAGCAACGGAUUCUGCUCCAGAAAACGGCAGGUCAUUGGAGGAUUUAAUCCUUACCUUCCAGAAUCUUUCAGUUCAGUGUUUAUCGGAGGACUUGGUCAAGAGGCCUUAAUCAAAAACACUCUGAGUCAGCAAAACUUCACUGGCUGCUUGGAGGACUUGGUUAUUGACUUGUUUACUCGGCUGCCACGCAAUUUUAGCAGUGGCCAGUCCUUUGGAAUGGAACUCGGAUGCAGUAAGGCAGAGUUGUGCCAUCCAAACCCAUGUCAAAAUGGUGCAAAGUGCAUUGAUCUCUGGUCCAGCUUUACAUGUGAAUGCAUCAGACCCUAUAAAGGUCCCACCUGUAUGCAGGAGUAUGUAGCAGGAACAUUCUUCUGGGAGGGAAAUCCAAGCCACGCAUACUUUGAACUCAAUCAAGAUUUAGGAACGUCUUUCAAUGUAUCUGGUUUUAUCAGAACCCUAAAAUCAGAUGGACUCCUACUGCAAAUCAGCCAUGGAGCAAUACCGUACUUCAGCAUCUACCUGAAUAAUAGCUGGGUCCACAUUGAGACACCAUCUGCAGAACCUCUGGUUUUUAAGAAGAACGUCAGUGAUGGCAUGAAGUACUUUAUAAGUAUUUCUUUCAGGGAAGGGAAUGUUACAGUCACUGAACUCCAGCAGGAAGUUUACCUGGGAAAGUUGCCACCGGUGACCAUUAACAAAGGAGAUACAGUUCAUGUGGGUGGUUUGGCUACAACAGACAGUACUAUGUUUUGGGGCGGGUUUUUCAAAGGAUGUCUUCAAGAUGUAAGGAUUAAUAAUUAUCACUUGGAGUUCUUCCCUGCGGAGGAGAUAAAUGCACAAGAAACCUUAUACCUUGGGAACAACACCAAUGUCACGCAAAACUGCAUCUCUGAUGAUGUUUGCCACCAAGGCCCAUGCAGAAAUGGAGGAAACUGCUCAGUAACCUGGAAUGACUUUGUCUGCAGCUGUCCGGCCAACUUCACUGGAAAAACGUGUGAGGAGCCCAUUUGGUGUGAACGGUAUCCCUGCUCGACAGACUCUACUUGCUUGGAUGUUCCCAACGGAUUUGUGUGUCUGGCCAAUGCGAGUUUCCAGGGCCACAGCUCUGCGGUAUUUACACCCAUUAUUUCACAAGAACGCGAUCUUACAUCCAUCUCAUUGACCUUCAGAACCAGAGACAGAGAUGCCAUUUUACUCCAGGCUUCCUUAAAUGUGGAUUCUGUGCUCAUAGCAAUUCAGGAGGGUUACUUGUUCAUUGAUCUACAAAGUGGAAAUAAUGUGGAUGGAGUCCAGCUUAAUGAGACAAUAGAAGUUGCUGAUGCUAUCUGGCACAGAGUAGUAAUAUCCAUGGAAAGAGCAACUAAAGCGAAUUCUCAGUGGACAUUCCAGUUGGAUGACAGUGCUCAAAAAGCAUUUCGGUGGGAAGGUGACUUGAAUUUUUUGAGAAAUAACAUUUCCAUUAUAUUGGCAGAAGAUUACACUGGAUGUUUGGGCACUGUGUCUAUUGGAGGUAUUUACCUUCCAUUUACAGACCAUGUGUUGCCACAACAGGAUCAAUUUAUAAGGAAAUCUGAUGCUUUGGAGUUGGGAUGCAGAGGGGCAGAUGUCUGUACUGAGCGCCCCUGUCUACAUGAUGGAACAUGCCAGGACAUCUUUAACUCCUUUAGCUGUGUGUGCAGGACAGGGUGGAAUGGGCAACGCUGUGAGAUCAACAUCGAUGACUGCAAGUCCAGCCCAUGUCUCCAUGGCUUUUGUAUGGACCUGGAGGCUAAUUAUCAGUGCAGCUGUGAGACAGGCUAUGCCGGCAGGAACUGCGAUAUCAACAUCAAUGACUGUCAGCACCAUCAGUGCCUGAAUGGGGGGAUUUGUGUUGAUGGUGUGAAUAGCUACACUUGCAAGUGCCCAACCAACUUUGCAGGGACUUACUGCCAAUGGCCUUAUCCACCUGAGCAGUGCAAUAAAAACUUCACAUGUUUGAAUGGAGGCAAAUGCGACAGUGGAAUAUGGGGAGCGAACUGCACUUGUAGACCAGGUUUCAGUGGCAGAAGGUGUGAAAUGAAUGUCAAUGAUUGUGAAUCAAACCCGUGUCUCAACGGUGGAACUUGCCAGGAUUCUGUGAAUACCUUCAAAUGCAUCUGCAAUUCCAGCUUUAGUGGGGUGCGCUGUGAGAAGUACGGUGCAGCCUCAAUGUUCCCCUUUCCUCUUGUUGGAGUUGCAGUACCUGUAACCUGUGGGGUUUUGCUUCUCCUUGUUAUUGGGGUCAUUUUCAUGGUGCUGACAGCAAGGAAGAGGAGACAAUCAGAAGGAACCUACAGCCCAAGCCAACAAGAAGUCGCAGGAGCAAGACUUGAAAUGGACAAUGUUCUUAAGGUGCCUCCUGAGGAACGACUGAUUUAAUGACAGAUGCAAGAAAGCGAAAAAUACAUCCUUGUUACUGAGUACAAAGGAGACUCAGCCCCCAGGUCCUGAAAAAAGUCUGACCUCAAUAUUUAGGACUGAGCUUAUUUAUUGUGAAUGUGCAGAUUGCAGCUACAACUUCUACACUUAACAUUGAAGAGUAUUUUCAAACAGGAAUGCAUCUAACCGAAAGGAACUAUAUUUAGGGAGAAAUUUCUUCGAAGAUAUCGAAACCCUUUCUAAAGCAGAAGGGUCUAUGAAACCACUUUCCAGGACCCUAGGCAUGAGGAAGCCUAAGUAACGUGUGUUUGAUUGUACUUAAACCUAUCCUUUGAAUAUACAAUAGUUUUGGUUUUGUAUGACUGUCAUCAAGUGUCUUGUGUCCGGCUGCUUUGGACCCAAGGGUACUGCGAAAUGUAUGCAGUGCUCAUCACAUCUGGAAGCAUUGACUGAAGACUUUUGAUGCUUUUGAUGACUACUGGGUUUAAAAAGUGCCUUUAGGAUGCCUAUUGGGUGGUGAUAUGUACUGAACUGGGCCAUAAUGUGCUUUAGGAUUACAGAAGAUUGUUCCUACCAUGGGCCCUCUGUGCCCUAACUCUGCCAUUACCUCAUUUGCUAAGAGUAUCUUUCGUACACUGAAUGUCACUGAUCACUGGAGAUAAGCCCUUCAUCUAUUGGACUGUAGUCACCUGGUGAAGGAUGGGUUAUUUUUGGAACUGUGCUGCUGCAACAAAACACCCGUUCCCAGCUCGGUUUUGAGCUAGUGCCUUAUGAUAUCAUUGCAAGACUUUAUACAUAGUGCUGCAGACUGGUAAUGCCUUCUGUAGCAUGCUUAUACCAGCAUUUUAUAUGGAUUAUAUUGCAUUUUACAUCAUUGUCUGUAAAUGAUCAAUUGGCUGAGGCUGUUGGAAAAUGUUUAGAAUAGGCGGGAGACUGAAAUCCGUGGUCUAGGAAAAUGAAACUUUGGCUGAAGGAAAAAUAUCUGAUAUUUAAUGGGUGAAGGUGCAAAUCCAUACGACCACCUUACAGAUUUUCCAUCCAGCACGUUACUUCUGCCCAGCAAAGAGGUUUUGUUUACAUUAGCUUUAAGGUGGCCAUAUACCUUUAGAUCCACUUGAGUUGUGGCAGACAACGGUCAGAUCAUAACACGGGCCAAUGUAGGCUGUCAGGAGAAAACUGCAUCAACAAUCUGGUGCAGUCCUUGCCUGCCCCUCCUGGAUUUUUAAACCUGCCCGAUAGGAAAUCUGGGCGCAGAUAAGCUUCCAAAAUGGUCUCAAGGGCCUGAAUCAGCAGCUUUAGGCUUUGCCUCCUAGAACAGAACAUCCUGCUUUAGUUUUACUACUAGAAUAUGGUCAGUAUUAUGCCAUACAUGUGCACAUUUUGAAAGAAUUGCAGUAUCAUUAAAAUUAGCUCUAAAGCAUUAAUGAUAAAUCUCCAUCACUAGUGUGUGUUUGUUUUCUUUUAAUUUAUUUGACGGAUUCACCAAAUUCUGGACUUUGGACCAAAUUCUGGACAGAGCAGCCAAUGAAAACAGGACAACUGUUUCGGCUAAAAUCAGAAUGUGUAAAUUAGCUUUGAUAUUUUCUUUACUCUGUUCAAAUUGCAUAGUUACUGCUUUUAAUAGUUCCAAUCAUACAUUAAGUUAAGCAGCUCACCGGUACAAUCUUUUGUAGGUUGAAUCCUGCAUGUAUUAUUGUGAGUGAAUUGGGAAAGGCUAAGAUAACAUGAACAAACCCAAGCAGAGUUUUUAUCUAUAUGUUAUGGUAGCUAAACGAUGCUUCUUCAUGCAGCCACAGAAGUGUAAACAUUGUUUUUCUGCACAGAAACAUAGAUCUGUAUAAACUGUACAGUGCUGAUAUGUAUAUAUUGUCUUGCAUCAAGAAUGCAGUAUUUGGCAUACUGAAUAAAAAGGAUAAGCCAA